AAGGCUGGGGUCAAGUUGAGCGUCAACGAUUUUAUUAUUAAGGCUGUGGCCCUUGCAAGUGUAAAGGUACCAGAAGCCAACUCGGCGUGGCUAGACUCGGUGAUCCGCCAGUACAACAACGUCGAUGUCAGCGUGGCCGUAUCGACGGACCGGGGUUUGAUCACCCCCAUCGUGUUCCAGGCGGACAGGAAGGGAGUCGCUGAAAUUAGUAAAACGGUCAAGACUCUGGCAGCUAAGGCCCGUGAGGGCAAGCUACAACCGCAGGAAUUCCAGGGCGGUACUAUCAGCGUCUCGAAUCUGGGAAUGUUCGGGGUUAACAACUUCUGUGCUAUCAUUAAUCCCCCUCAGAGCUGUAUCUUAGCAAUAGGAACUACUGUUAAGAGAUUAGUUGCAGACGAUUCGGAAAAAGG